AUGGCCCGGGCCUACAUGCGUGCCAUCUGCCUGCAGUGCGCAGUUGAAGUCACCAGCAGUGCAUCGAACAUUUCGACGCGGCAGUACACUCAAGAGCCGACUGAGCUUCUGCCAGAUUUCUUGGCGCUUGUGCAGCGCUUGCGAUCUUUUCGGAGAUGUAGACGGCUACCCCAGCCCAUCUAUGCGCCGGAUCUGGGUUAUGCUUUGGCUGCCAUGUUUCCAAUCUCGCAGAACGCUGCCAUUGGGGCAGCUUGUGCCCUGUGUGUGGCAUUGUCGGCCUUCUCCGACCGGCUCUUUGCCUACGUCGGCUUGCUGUCCUCUGCGGCCACCGUGGUGAUCCUGGGGCUACUCCUCUAUGGUGGGCCGGACAGCUGGGCGACCGACAUGUCUAACCUGGCCGACCCGGGCUACAUUCCCAGCACUUUUGCUUUGAUCUUCUUUGCCGUGGGCACACAUCCGCUGAUCGUCGGCGUGAUGCAUACCACUCGAAGUCCCACAGACUUGCGGGUGUCGAUUCUUGGUGCUUGGCCAAUCGCGACCACGGUCUCAGUUCUUUGUAGUGGAAUGGCCUAUCGGAUCUAUGGCACAGCUUUGCAGCCCGACGUAAUGGCCAACAUCGAAGGGGAGCUCCGCAGGAUUGCCGGUGUCUGGAUGGCGAUCAAGGUGCUUGGCAACGCCGUCCCCCUUGCAAGACCACUGGCGAAUGCAUAUGCUAGGAGCCUUCGAUGGCUGCCUCCAGGUGACAGCGCUGGGCCCUUGCUCAUGAUGCCUGUUAUGGUCCUGCUGGCCACAGUGGCGAUGUUCUUUGCUGAUCGUUUGGAGGCCUUCUACAGCGUAGCUGGUUGCACCAUCACCAGCUUCAACGUCCUCCUGAUUCCGACCAUCGCAUACUUGUCGAUUUGCAAGCCACGCGGGAUCAGCUACUACUGUGCUGUUGGCUAUGCUAUUCUUGGCGCCGUGCUGUCGGUCUCCCCUUUGGCUUACCUUCUAUGGCAGCUGGCACGUCCACAAGACGACGCUUCUGAUCUGUGA